AUACACCUACGAGAUCGCCCCAGUCUUCGUGCUGAUGGAGGAGGUGGUGCUGGCCAAGCUGCGGGAGCUGGGGGGCUGGAGCAACGGCGACGGCAUCUUCUGCCCGGGAGGCUCCAUCUCCAAUAUGUACGCCAUGAACGUGGCCCGGUUCCAGCGCUUCCCAGAGAGCCAGCGGGAAGGCAACUGGGCUCUGCCGCGCCUGGCCCUCUUCACCUCCCAGGAGAGCCACUACUCCAUCCUGAAAGGAGCCGCGUUCCUGGGCAUCGGCACCGACAACGUCCGCGUGGUCGGCACCGACGAGAGGGGGAAGAUGAUCCCCGAGGAGCUGGAGAAGGAGAUCCAGAGGGCCAAAGCCGAGGGGGCCGACUCGGUGGCCUGGAACCCCCACAAGAUGCUGACGGUGGGUUUGCAGUGCUCAGCGUUCCUCCUCCGCGACGCCUCCGGUCUCCUCCAGCGCUGCCACGGCGCCGGCGCCACGUACCUUUUCCAACCCGAUAAAUUUUACGACGUCACCUACGACACGGGGGACAAAACCCUGCAGUGCGGUCGCCGGGUGGAUUGCCUCAAACUUUGGCUCCUUUGGAAAGCCGUCGGCACCGAGGGUUUGGCGCGUCGCGUCGAGCGCGCCUUCGCUUUCACCCGGUACAUGGCCGAGGAGGUGAAGAGGAGGGACGGCUUCCAGCUGGUGCUGGAG